UCCAAAUUAAGGUGUCCUUCUUCUUCCUCCGGACAGGACCGGACGGUCGGCCGUGGGUGGGUCGGGUCGGGUCCCAUUGAGUUCCACUUUUUCUAACCCACCCGGAAACCCAUUUAUAAACCAAAGGGGUAGCUACUGCAACGGCUUCCAUUUUUAUCUGCUUUGUAGACCAUUAAAGCAACGCCCAACGGUCACUCCAUGGCCUCGGUGGAGUUGGAAGGGGCUUCUUCAGAAGCUGUACAGCAAGCGGAAGUUGAUGGAGGAGGAGGAGGAGGAGGAGGAAGAGGGUCGAAGGGCAACAUGAAGAAGACCGAGAAGGCGCCCUGGAAGCUUGGAUUUGCGUGUCUGAGAAUGGAGUAUGAUAGGGAGGGGAAUUUCGACAUGGAGGUCGUUGACGUUGAUGGUGCUGGAGUGCGUCGCGCUCCCACUCACCUUGUUGUAAUGGUUAACGGUCUUAUUGGCAGUGCUCAAAAUUGGAAAUAUGCUGCAAAAGAGUUUUUGAAAAAGUAUCCUGGAGAUGUGAUUGCUCACUGCAGUGAAUGUAAUCCUUCAAUGUUGACAUUCGAUGGUGUUGAUGUAAUGGGAGAGAGAUUAGCUGAAGAGGUUAUAUCAGUUAUAAAACGUCACCCAGGAGUUCAGAAGAUUUCAUUUAUAGGACAUUCGUUGGGUGGCUUGGUUGCAAGGUAUGCUAUUGCUAAGCUUUAUGAACGAGAUAUCAUGAGGGAUUUUUCACAGGGAAAUGGAGAGCGUAGGACUAAUGGAUCUGGAGAUCUAUGCGUGGACGAGAAAUUCCAAGGAAAGAUUGCCGGAUUGGAGCCAGUGAAUUUUAUCACCUCCGCAACCCCACACCUUGGUUCAAGAGGGCAUAAACAGGUCCCUGUGUUUUGUGGCUUAUACACUCUGGAAAAAGUAGCAUCUCGCACAUCUUGGUUUCUUGGUCGAACCGGAAAACAUCUAUUUUUAACUGACGAUGAUAAUGGAAAACCUCCCCUUCUUCUUCGGAUGGCUAAUGAUUGUGAAGAUCUUAAAUUUAUGUCUGCUUUGCAGUCCUUCAAGCGUCGUGUCGCCUAUGCAAAUGUGCAAUUUGACCACCUUGUGGGAUGGAGUACUUCAUCUCUACGGCGUCGAGAUGAGCUCCCAAAGCGUCGAGAUCUUUCUAGAAAUGAGAAAUUCCCCCACAUUGUAAGUGUGAAGACAGCAGAAACUUCCAGUACUCAACAGGAAGGACCCUUGGAGGCUAAAGUCAAUGGACACAAGAAUAUCGACUUUGAAGAGGAAAUGAUAAGAGGUUUAACAAAAGUGAGUUGGGAACGGGUUGACGUUAGCUUCAGUGGAAGUACACAAAGAUAUCUCGCACACACUACCAUUCAGGUGAAAAGCUAUUGUAUCAAUUCUGAUGGGGCUGAUGUGGUCCAACACAUGAUUGACAAUUUUGUCUUAUAAUGGUGUCCCCAUCUGGGGGAAGGGGGAAAGGGGGAAAGGAUAUAGACAUUCCAGAUGAGCUGGGUAUGGCUUGGAAGUUCAAACAACACUAGGGUUGGACAGUUUCUGUAAGAGAGACAUGAGGAAUUCUGUCGUAUAAAUAUAUGUUUCUAUAGCCAUUUGCUUGUUCCCAGAAAGAGAUCUGA